UCUGUCAAUGUCAAUCAUUAAAAAUAAAGAACGCGUCCAUGUAAAAUGGAUUAAAUUUAUAUUAGUAUUGUAAAUAAGAAGUAAGAUAAACAACUAAUUUAGGUGAAAGUGUUAUAUUAAGUACUAAAAAAAUUGUGUAUAAUGGCUCAGCGUUUCCCUUCCGGUGGGCCUAAUGCAGCGCCGCCGCCGGGCGCUAUGCCCCCACAACAACGCUAUCCCGGCCCAGCGCAGCCCCCAGGUUCCCCAAUGCAACAGAGACCAUAUCCAGGCCCUAAUUUCCCGGCUCGCAGCGGGUUCACGCCGCCGCCGGUGGGCGCAGGCGCGGCGCCGCGGCCGGGCGCGGCGGGCGGAGCCCCGGGCGCCGGCUACGGGCCCCCGGCGCCCGCGCCCGGGCCCGCGCCCCGGCCGCCGGGCCCCGCGCCCCCGCCGGGCCCCGCCAAACGCCCCGAUGCGCGCUCCCCGAUGCCUCCCCACAAGCCCGCCAUGUACGGCGCUGAUUAUGCUGCUUCUGGACAACCCAAUGCUAAACGCAAGAAGCGCCUAGCUGACAAAAUUUUACCCCAAAAGGUGCGCGACCUCGUGCCGGAGUCACAGGCCUACAUGGACCUGCUGGCGUUCGAGCGCAAGCUGGACGCCACCAUCAUGCGCAAGCGCCUCGACAUCCAGGAGGCGCUCAAACGGCCCAUGAAGCAGAAGCGCAAGCUCAGGAUAUUCAUAUCCAACACCUUCUAUCCAGGACAAGGUGAAAAUCCGGUUGCAUCUUGGGAGCUUCGCGUGGAAGGACGCCUUCUAGACGACUCGAAAAAUGACCCUAAUAAGGUGAAGCGCAAGUUCUCGUCGUUCUUCAAGUCGCUGGUGAUCGAGCUAGACAAGGAGCUGUACGGGCCCGACAACCACCUGGUGGAGUGGCACCGCACGCUCACCACGCAGGAGACUGACGGUUUCCAGGUGAAGCGCCCGGGCUACAAGAACGUGCGCUGCACGAUCCUGCUGCUGCUGGACUACCAGCCGCUGCAGUUCAAGCUGGACCAGCGGCUGGCGCGGCUGCUGGGCGUGCACACGCAGACGCGGCCCGUCAUCGUCAACGCGCUGUGGCAGUACGUCAAGACCCACCGCCUGCAGGACCCGCACGAGCGCGAGUACAUCGUCUGCGACAAGUAUCUCGAGCAGAUCUUCGGCACGUCGCGCAUGAAGCUGGCGGAGGUGCCGGGGCGGCUGGGCGCGCUGCUGCACGCGCCGGACCCCAUCGUCAUCAACCACGUCAUCGCCGUGGAGCCGCCGCACGACACCAAGCAGACCGCCUGCUACGACAUCGACGUCGAGGUGGACGACACGCUGAAGACGCAGAUGAACAACUUCCUGCUGAGCACGGCCAACCAGCAGGAGAUCCAGGGGCUCGACUCCAAGAUACACGAGACCGUGGACACCAUCAACCAGCUGAAGACCAACCGCGAGUUCUUCCUCAGCUUCAGCAAGGACCCGCAGCAGUUCAUACAGAAGUGGCUCGUCAGCCAGUCCCGGGAUCUCAAGACGAUGAGCGGGUCGGCCGGCAACGCCGAGGAGGAGCGGCGCGCGGCGUUCUAUGCGCAGGCGUGGGCGGGCGAGGGCGCGGCGCGGUAUCUGCACGCGCGGCUGCAGGCGCGGCGGCGGGAUCUCGACCUCGCGCUGCAGCCGCCCCAGCUGCUGCGUCUCUAGACCACUGCGUAUUCAUCAAUAAAUCGUGACUUCGUUAAAUAA